GGAAGCUCGGGCUCGCGGGGUGGCUCCGGUGCGCGGCGCGGCUGAUGGAGAGCCCCGGGGACGAGGAUGACUUCAACGAGCGGUUCGCCGCCGAGCUGGAGGUGCUGGCCGAGCUGGAAGAUUACCCAUCCCCUCCUGGCCCCAAAGUCUCCAAGUUCCGCAGCAGGAAGCAGCUGCAGGAUGAGGCUGGCCUGGCUGUGGAGCCCAACGCCAGGAAGAGGAGCCAGGAGUGUGCCCUGCACCCAUCCCCACUGCCCUCGCUGUCUGCAGAAUCCCCCGUGGCCCUCACUCCAAAGCCAAAAAGGCAGCGUCUGGAAGCUGUGAAGAGGCUGAACUUUGGUGGGGAUGGUGAGCUGGACCCAGAUAUCCUCCAGGAUGCUGUCACACUUGUGCCUGGCUCAGCGUCACCCCGUGGUCCCCAUGCUGCCAGCCUGGCAUUUCCCAGCCCAGAGCUGGAAGUGAGCGGCCUGGGGCCCCUGCAGAGCUCACCACCCACCGAGAACCCAAAGCGUGUCCUCAAGCGCCCGCCUGUCCUGGGGGACUACAUCAAUGUGACAUCCAGUGAGGGCACCAGGGUCUUCAUGGCAGUGAAGGACGAUCCUUCCCAGAUAGGGAUGGAGCUUCGUGAUUCUGUGGGCUGGAACCGGCCUCUCCAUCUGCUGGGAGUCCCCUUCUCCUACCUGAAGGAACAAGUGUAUGAAGAGCAUCGGAGGAGAGCUGUGGAAGCAUCACAGCAGUUGACGGAGAUAAUAACCAGCUCCUUGGAGACCGGUGAUGAGGCCACAGAGCAGCCUGGGGACAUGAUUGAGGAGGAGCCUACUCCCCAUUGCCUCUGGGUGGACAAGUUUGCUCCCCGGCGCUACAUAGAGCUGCUCAGCGAUGAUUACACAAACCGCUGCCUGCUGAAGUGGCUGAAGCUCUGGGACACGGUGGUGUUCGGUAAGGAGAAGCCCAUGAAGAAGGCAAAGCCUGGUGCUGAGGCUCACCCCCCAUUCAAGCAGCCCAAGGAACUGCAGAACAAGUGGAAAACAAAGGCACAGCUCACAGAGGAGAUCCUGGAGGCUGAGCUGGAUCAGCACAAGAGACCCAAAUACAAGGUGGCCCUGCUGUGUGGCCCACCCGGCCUGGGGAAGACAACACUGGCACACGUCAUUGCACAGCAUGCAGGGUAUAACGUGGUGGAGAUGAAUGCCAGCGAUGACCGCAGCCCGGAGACCUUCAAGACACGCAUUGAAGCUGCCACCCAGAUGAAGUCGGUGCUGGGUGCUGAGGAGAAACCCAACUGCCUCAUCAUCGAUGAGAUCGAUGGUGCACCCACUGCCUCCAUCACUGUGCUGCUGAACAUCAUCAACAGCAAGGAGCCUGAGGGUGAGGUGGCUGCAAGCGGAGGGCGACGGAGAAGGCGAGAGGGCAGCCUGCUGCUGCGGCCUGUCAUCUGCAUCUGCAAUGACCAGUAUGUCCCUGCGCUCCGACCACUGCGGCAGCAGGCAUUCCUGCUCAGCUUCCCCAGGACAGCCCCGUCCCGGCUGGCCCAGCGCCUUGGGGAGAUUGCCCAGCAGCAGGGCAUGAGGGCGGACAUGGGAGCACUGCUGGCACUGUGUGAGAAGACAGAGAAUGACAUCCGUUCGUGCAUCAACACCCUGCAGUUCCUGCACGGCCGAGGCCAGAAGGAGUUGGAUGUGCGAAUUGUGCAGACAAUGAGGAUUGGCUUGAAGGACCAGAACAAGGGACUCUUCUCCAUCUGGCAGGAGAUAUUCCAGCUCCCACGAGUUCAGAGGCACCACAUAGGGAUGGAUCCCUCGCUGCCCAACCAUCUGCUGGCAGAUGAGGAUGAAUUGUCACACCUUGGUGUAAGGACUGCCCUCACUGCCUCUUCUCACCGCUUCCACCGCGUCCUGCACCUCGCCAGCUCCUUGGGGGAGCAGGAGAAGCUUGCCCAGGGUCUCUAUGAGAAUUUCCUGAAUAUGAAGCUGAGAGACUCCAGUUUUGGCUCGGUGUGCCUAGCCCUGGAAUGGCUGUGCUUCUCUGACAUGCUGAGUAGGGCUGUGCUGCACAGGCAGAGCUUCCAGCUGAUGCGCUACCUGCCCUUCGUGCCUGUGGCAUUCCACCUGCUCUUUGCAGCCACCAGCAUCCCCCGGCUCUCUUACCCCAGCAGCCAUCAUGAGGCCCUGGCCAAGCUGAACCACAUGCAGAACCUCAUGGUGUCCAUGGUGUCAGGGAUCACACCCAGUGCCCGCAGCCGUGCUGGGCAGCAGUCUCUUGUUCUGGAGGUGCUCUGCCUGCUGCUGGAUAUCAUUGCACCCAAGCUGCGGCCGGUGAACACACAGCUCUACAGCCUGAAGGAGAAGCAGCAGCUGGCAGCACUCAUCAGCACUAUGCUGGCCUAUAACCUCACCUACCACCAGGAACGCCUGCCUGAGGGCCAGUAUGUCUACAAGCUUGACCCGAAUGUGGAGGAUGUGUGCAGGUUCCCUGACCUGCCAGCCCGCAAGCAGCUCACCUACCAGGCCAAGCAGCUCAUUGCCCACGAGAUUGAGAUGGAGAAGAUGCGGAGGACUGAGGCAGUGCUGCAGGCACGGAACCUCAGCGAGGAGCCAGCAGAGAUGGGGGCAGGAGGACCAGCAGCACCCCACAACCAUCAGCAGCGCCUGGAGCACAUUGUGAGGAAGGCAGCGGUGCAGGACAAGCCUGAAACUGACUUCUUUGGGCGGCCGAUCUCACGGCAGCAAUCAGCUCCAGCCUCAGAAGCUCAGCCCUCGGAGCGUGAUGCCAUCGAGAGCCAAAUGGGCAAAGCUGUGGGGCGCAGUGUUGUGUGGUUCCGCUUCAACGAGGGGGUGUCCAACGCUGUGCGGAGGAACCUCUACAUCAGGGACCUGCUGUAGCAGCCAGGGGGUGACAGAGGAAAGGGAGGAGCUGA